GAAGAAGAAGCUUUUGCGUUUACGAUAACGUUAUCGGAAGUGGGACUUUUGACACUAAUGGGGAUGUGGGCUUUUCCACUUUGACGUCGGUCCUUCGAUUGUUUAACUGUGUUUAAUGUAGAUGCUUACCGUGUUGUUUUUCCAUUUAAAACACAUUCAGUCGCGUUGUGUCGUUUAAAUAUUUAGGCAUCCUUCCAUUUUCUUUAUUCGCGUUUUUUUUUCUUUCAUUUUUAACGUUGUCGUGGGGAAACAAUGAGGCCUAACUGGGGAGCCGGAAAAACUAAUGAUUAUAUGGACGUUCAAGGUUAAGAUUCAUACAGGUAAGAUGCUGUUUGGGGAAACGGUGUCUAUCCGCCUUAACCCAGCAUCAGUCUGGAGAUGAAAUAAGAUCAGAUGAAAGGAUGGCCUCCCAACCUCAGGUCUUUUCAUCCCCUUCAGUGUCCUCCAGUGCCUUUUCCUGUGUGAAAAAGCUGAAGGUGGAGAACUGUUUAUGGGAUGUAACAAGCCAAUCGGGUGAGAGCAAGUACUACCUGCCCAGCCCCUCUCAGGGAAAUGCUGCCACCCCCACAUCCUCUGGCUUUAACACUGCAUAUGGCUCAUCGAACCUGAUUCCCCCUCCAGCAGGGGGCUCCCGUGGGCAGAUUGUGGUUCGUGCCGCGGACAGCACAGGCAGUCUUCCGGGGCCCUCCUCGUCCUCCUCUUCCUCCUCCACCUCCUCCUCCUCCUCGAGCUGCCGCGUGAAUGAAGCCGCCUCCUCCAAGUCUCACGGUGUCUACCAGAGGCAGCACAAUCUGAAACGCAAAAAUGAAGAGGUCGACAGCAGCGACAGCGUCCAGAUUCUGGAAGAGCUCUCUGCCCCCGCGCUCUCCCACCGGGUCGGGGGCGAUGGAACUACUGUCCAGUCUAUUGCUCAUUCCACCUCCACCACUAAGAGUAGCAACUCCCACAGCGAAGGGGACUACCAACUGGUACAGCAUGAGAUCCUUUGCUCCAUGUCCAACAGCUAUGAGGUUCUGGAGUUUCUAGGCCGGGGAACGUUUGGGCAGGUGGCCAAGUGUUGGAAGCGUGGCACUAAUGAGAUUGUGGCAAUUAAGAUCCUGAAAAACCAUCCAUCGUACGCCCGCCAGGGGCAAAUCGAGGUGAGCAUCCUGAGCCUGCUAAGCACGGAGAAUGCAGACGAGUUCAAUUUUGUGCGGUCGCUUGAGUGCUUCCAACACAAGAACCACACUUGUCUGGUGUUUGAGAUGCUGGAGCAGAACCUCUACGACUUCUUGAAGCAAAGCAAGUUCAGUCCGCUGCCUCUGAAGUCCAUCCGGCCCGUGCUGCAGCAGGUGGCCACUGCUCUCACUAAGCUGAAGAGCCUGGGCCUCAUCCAUGCUGACCUCAAGCCUGAGAACAUCAUGCUGGUGGACCCCGUCCGCCAGCCCUUCCGUGUCAAGGUCAUCGAUUUUGGCUCCGCCAGUUACGUCUCAAAGGCAGUUUGCUCCACCUACCUUCAGUCGCGCUAUUACCGGGCCCCUGAGAUCAUCCUAGGGCUUCCUUUCUGUGAGGCCAUCGACAUGUGGUCCCUGGGGUGCGUUAUAGCUGAGCUCUUCCUCGGAUGGCCGUUGUACCCCGGAGCUUCCGAAUAUGACCAGAUUCGUUACAUCUCCCAGACCCAAGGGUUGCCGGCUGAGUACCUUCUGAGUGCAGGAACCAAAACCAGCCGCUUCUUCAACAGAGGCCCUGAUUCCAGCUACCCCCUCUGGAGACUGAAAACACCUGCAGAACAUGAGGCAGAAAUGGGCAUAAAGUCGAAGGAGGCUCGCAAAUACAUCUUUAACUGCCUAGACGACAUGAUGCAGGUGAACAUGACCAAUCUGGAAGGGACUGACAUGCUGGCAGAGAAGGCUGAUAGGAGGGAAUUUAUUGACCUGCUGAAGAAGAUGCUGACCCUGGAUGCAGACAAACGAAUCACCCCCAUGAAGACCCUGAGCCACUCCUUCGUCACCAUGACCCACUUGCUCCAUUUUCCACACAGCUCACAUGUGAAGUCCUGUUUCCAGAACAUGGAGAUAUGUAAGCGCCGGUGCACUGCCUUUGACAACGGGAAGAACCUCUUCUCUAGCAACAGCACGCCUGGGGCAGCCACUAACCUCACAGUUACCUUCAGCAGUCAGCUCAACCAGCACAAUCAGGUGGCUUCUGCUGGUGGUCCAUCUCUUUCUUUGAGCAGCAACGUCCCACUGCUCAACUACCAGCCUGCUCUCUACCAGCAGGCCACCAUCAACAUCCCAGGCUUCACCCAGCAGAGUGUCCCGCUGCCAGCCCGGCCUCCCCAGCUGUGUGCCCAACCCGAGCCCUUCCAGCAGACGCUCAUCGUGUGCCCUCCUACCAUCCAAGGGCUGCAGUCCUCCAGUAAGCACUCCAGUUUUCCGGUGAGGAUGGACAACACUGUGCCUAUGGUCGCCCAGAACCAAUCCAGCCAACCUCUACAGAUUCAGCCAGGCAUGCUCGCACAGGGCUCCUGCACCCCAUUGAUGGUGGCCACACUCCACCCCCAUAUGGCAGCAGUGGCUCCCCAGUACUCGGUCCCCCUGGCGCUGGGCUGUGGGGCCGGAAGGCCUGCCCUCUUGGAGCAGACUGCCACCAUGCUGCAGGCAUGGCCGGCUGGCACUCAGCAGAUACUCAUCCCGUCCACCUGGCAGCAGAUGCCCGGUGUGGCCCUCCACAAUCCCUCGCAGUCAGUCAUCACUGACUCGCCACUAGGGGCGCUGCUCUCCGACAGCUCCACCCAGCAAGUCCCCAACUGGAGGGGCUGUCACGGCGGGCAGCACAACAGCGUCCCACAGCACACCUCCAUUCUGGGUGGUCACCUGGGCUCCUCUCAGUCUCUCAACAUGGGCGCAAGCAAUGCAAGGACACAGCAAGGCGGGCAGCUGGGGCCCAGGGCCAGAGUGCGGCACUCUGACAGCAGAAUAAGGCCGAAGUCUCUGCUGCAGCCCAGUGCCCAUGUCGUGCAGAACAGCCCGCUACUGAACUCGCCAGCUUACAACGCCGUCCUCUCUCAGCCAAUCAUCAUCUCCGACACUCCGAGCCCUGCCGUCAGCAUCAUCACAAUCCACAGUGACACGGAGGAUGAGGACGAUCGGAAGUUUCCCACAGUCAGCUGUGGGGCCCCCCAACGGUCCAACGUUAUCAGCUGCGUAACCGUCCAUGACUCCCAGGACUCGGACUCCUCCACCAGCAGCCCGCUCAGCCCCAGGCACCUGCCCAGCUUCGUGGAGACGUCCAACCCCUUGCCUCGCUCCCUGGCCAUCAUGGUGCCCCCCGUUAAGGCCCAGCCUGGAGAGAAUGCUGUGUCAGGACAGCCUCUAAAUGCCUGCAGUAAGCUGAAAAAGGGGGCCGUUCAUCAGCCUUGCGGUGCUGGGAUCUCGAGCACCAGUCGGCACCACCAGGCCAUCGCCAGCCGCUCCCAGCCGCUCAACCUGACUCAGGUUCAACCAUCUGCCAUAACAUCUCAAGACAGGACGGCUGGUGGGUCCCUGCGCCGGCAGCCCGCCUACCAUGCUGCUGCCUCCUCCCAUUCCUCUUUCAGCCUGCAGGAGGCGCCCAUUUUCAGCUCGGCUCCCAGCUUCUACGCUUACCCCGCUUCUGCAGCCUUGGCUUCCGUCUCCCAGGCAGUGGAUCAGCUGCACAACUCGUCCGCCGCCGCCUCUUCCUCCUCUUCCUCCGGCCGUCAUGUUGGCGGCUCAUACUCCUCCUCUUACAGCCUCCUGCCGAAGAACGGAGCAGUGGCCCGGGCUCAGUACCAGCACCAGUUUCCGGGCCAGCCCUAUGCCCGCUCGGCUGCUGGCCAGGCCGGCUACCAGCUGGGUCACCGCAAGCUGGACAGACAGUACCUUUACCUAUGAAGUGUAGGAACCUGCUCUGUCUCACCUGCAGCUUCUCACUACACAAAACCACUCAGCUGCUCCGGUGCAUCUUUGGAAGUUUUAAGCCUGUGGAGAAGAUGCUCUGCUUACACUCAGAGCCUUUCUUCCCAAUACUGAUAUUUUAAACAAUUAGUUUUAAAGCCUGUUUCAACAGUCGUAAUUGCUUUAAUUUGAUUUUAAUUGUCUAAAUAACAAAUUGGUGGGUGACACGCUGGCUCAGCGGGUGUCAGUGGGUGGUGCUGUUGCCUCACACUUCCAGGGUGGGGCCUUUGGGUCCCGCCCCCACUCUGUGUGUGUGGAGUUUGCAUGUUCACCAUGCGGGUCUCCUGCGGGUGCUCCGGGUUCGUCCCGCAGUCCAAAGACAUGCAGGCUGAUUGGCAUCUCAAAAUUGUCUGCGGAGUUUGUGUGUGAUGAGCUCUCUGAUGGACUGGGUGUCCUGCCCAGCGUGUCCCUCCGACCUUUGCUGCCUGGAAUAGCUUCCAGGCCUCUGUGAUUCUGUCCGGGAUAAUUGUCGGAAGACAGACAGAUGGAUGGAUGGACAGACCAUACUGUUUUACAAAGCCUUUUAGUUCUACUCUUAUGUCUAGUCUAACUAAUAAAUGGCUUAAGUCGUGGUGUGAAAGCAGACUUUUCAUUUGGUAGAUGUUUAAUAAGUACAAGGUUGAACCCUUUGUGACAUAGUAAGUGCUCAGCACAUUAGCCUUUCUAUGUAAUGGAGACCAUUAUUUGUGUUUUAGAUGUUACUGGGAGAAAAGGAAGCCAGAUUCCAUAAGCAGUUCAAGGCCUCUGUCCUUGUGUUCUCCACAAACUCUGAGUGAGUCUAUAGGUUCCACCUGCUGCCCUGCUUUCAUCGUGUAUUGAUGUCACUUAGUGUUUUUAGCGCUUGCUGUCUGUGUGUAGUCUUGACCUCAGCCAUAAAUUGCAAUUUGCUCCUCAAGGCCGCCCCCAUAUUCAUGUCUUGGAAGUAGUAAAUCAUUCGCUGUUGUUUUAAUGUGUCAGAUUUAGCCCCAGAUUUUUAAGAAAUAGUCACAUAUGAAACUGUUGAUGCUAAUGAUGCAUUUUAACUUAAGUCAUAUAGUUCAUAUUAAGGUGUUAUUUUGAGUACGUAAUUAGUAAACAUCGUAAAGGGGUACAGAAUACCGCCCCAGAACUUAAAAUAAAAAAUUAAAAAAAGAAAGUAUUUGAAUUCUGUAGUUGAAAGAUUCUGUGUUUGAAGGAAUGGAAACUGUAGAACCGUGUUUUAUGAGUAAAUCUGUAAUCGAUGAGCAAAGUUAACUUUGGAAUGGUAGUUUAAGCAAAAGUAGCAGAAGGUAACGGAGAUUUUAUGUUCACAUGGAACUUUUAUCCAUUGCAUGUGACUGCAGUUUUUACACGAACCACUUUCUUAUGGAGAAGAGUUUCAUUGUGUAACAGGUAGCUCUGUAUUGUUUCAGAAAGGAAGCAGUUUUGGAUUUUGCUGGAAGGGUCUCAGAAUCCAAUGACCUUGUGUGGUAAAAUGCGACUCAAAAUACAAAUGACCUUCGACUUCAUAAACAUUUAACUUUGUAUGUAGAAAAUGUAAAGCUUUAGGGCAUCACACCACGCUUAGUAUAUCAUUAUAUCCAUCUUUUGACAUAUGUUGCGAAGAGACCAGAAAAAAUCAUGUCUUUAUUAUCACUUUUUCAAUUGUAAUCAUUUCAUUGUGCCUCAAAGGUAUAAUCUUUUGCAACUUAACCAUUUACAAUCCUCAUUUACAGUCGCUUAGAUGACUUUUUUUUGUUUUUAUGAAACUUAAAAUCUCACUUAUUACCCCUCUUUUAAAACUGAAUUUAUCUUAACUGCUUAACCGCAUAUGCCUGCUUGCAGUUUAGAGAAUAACCAAAUCUGCAAUGUUUAGUUACAUAAAGUUAAGAAAACUGUGGCUUUGACUCUUCUUCAAGAAUCGUUUCAAACUGUUUACACCUGUAGUGUUUUGUCUGUAGACUGUAAGAAUGGUGUGAUUGGUAAGGGAGUAAUAAGAAUACAGCAGUACUAUAGAAUUGCAGUUUGUGGGGGGAGGGAUGGGUUACAUCAAACUCUAUUGACUCUGCAGUUUCUGUCUAAGAUGGUCUUUUUUGUUUUGACAUUUUUAAUACUCUGGGACCGUGAGUCAUGCUAAUCUUUCAUCGUGUCUUUUGCUGCAGGGGUAAAUUUAACAGGCUUGUGCUGUGUUGAUUUGUAACUGACUGAAUGCGUCUCUCAAGACCCAAAGAAAAAUGUGGCGAUUAUUUUUCCAUCGUAAAGAAAACCAUGGAAAAUGUGUUGAAUCUCCUGGUCUGUUCAGGUGGACCAGUGCACCACUUUAAUCAGCUGUAAUGUUUACCUUUUAGUUGUCUGACUUGUUAGUGAGCUGCCUAGUUGCUUGUCCCCCUCCAUAGUCACCAGCCUUCAGUAUUUGGGUAUUUAGGAAGGGAGGGAGACUGUGGUAAAAUUAGUAGUGAUGAUUCUCUUAGCUUCUAACAGGAAAUUUUAAGAAUUAAAGAAGAAUGGAAUGCAACAAGUUUACAUUUCUUGUUGUUUAAUUUAUACGCCCUACCUUAAUAAACCAAAACUACUACAUCUGAAACAACACUUUAAUUUUACUGUAAAUAAAAUGGGUAAAAAACUAAUAA